CAUUCAGUGUUAACUCACCAACCCACAUCCAAAAGGUUCCUUUCAAUAUGAGAACCUUCUCAAGUUUCGUUCUUAGUUGUGUUCUAGUAAUUGGGAUCGUUUUGAAUGGUGCUGAAGCAAGGCCUAGGGCAUUCUUUAUAUUUGGAGAUUCACUUGUUGAUAAUGGAAAUAACAAUUACUUGGCUACCACUGCACGCGCUGAUGCUCCUCCUUAUGGCAUUGAUUACGCUCCAAGUCAUAGACCAACUGGUCGUUUCUGCAAUGGCUACAACAUUCCUGAUCUUAUCAGUCAGCAACUUGGUUCUGAGUCUACAAUGCCAUACUUGAGUCCAGAAUUAAGAGGAAAUAAGCUGCUAGUUGGUGCCAAUUUCGCUUCAGCUGGAAUUGGAAUACUUAAUGACACUGGAAUUCAGUUUGUGAAUGUCAUCAGAAUGUACAGACAGCUAGAGCUUUUUCAGGAAUACCAAAACCGAGUGAGUGCUCUAAUAGGAUCUUCACAAACUAAGAGCUUGGUGAAUCAAGCACUGGUCCUCAUCACUGUAGGAGGAAAUGAUUUUGUGAACAACUACUUCCUGGUGCCCAAUUCAGCAAGGUCUCGCCAAUACCCACUUCCUCAAUAUGUGAAGUAUCUCAUCUCUGAGUACCAAAAGCUUUUGCAGAAGCUGUAUGAACUUGGAGCUAGGAGAGUUCUUGUGACAGGCACAGGACCUUUGGGUUGUGUUCCUUCAGAAUUGGCUCAACGUGGCAGAAAUGGAGAAUGUGCUGCUGAACUACAACGAGCUGCAGAAUUGUUCAACCCACAACUGGAGCAAAUGUUACUACAAAUCAACAGGAAAAUUGGAAAGGACGUUUUCAUUGCUGCAAACACAGGAAAAAUGCAUAACAACUUCGUUACUAACCCCCAACAAUUUGGGUUUAUUACGGCAAAAGUAGCUUGUUGUGGACAAGGACCCUACAAUGGUCUUGGAUUGUGCACACCACUCUCCAACCUGUGCUCUAACAGAGGGCAGUAUGCAUUUUGGGAUGCAUUCCAUCCAUCAGAAAAGGCCAACAGACUUAUUGUGGAGGAAAUCAUGUCAGGUUCUAGAGACUACAUGAACCCUAUGAACCUUAGCACCAUCUUGGCUUUGGAUGCUAUCACCACAUGAAGACAAAAACAAUUCUCUGCAUUUCUUCUAGUUUCAUCACGCUCUUCGUUUGUUACUGUAAUCGUGAUUUAGUUUCGUAUUCCUCAGUAUCUAAUUGGUAAAUUAGAAAAUUAGAGGAAGGAAGAAACUUCCCUUCUGCAUAAACUUGCAGUGGAGAAUUUGUCUGGUGGGAAGUACUCAAUAGAAAAGAAUGUUACUUUUACGCUUUGAUUUUC